UCCUAGCGACGGCCAACCACGCCGCCAGGUCGCCCCCUUCGCACAUGCGCAAACUGCCUCCGGGAAAGGGCGCUCCUUCAUGCCGGCGUUUUGGUGUCCCUGACCCAUUCAGGACAGCGUCUGCAGUGUGGCAGGCCAACCACUUUAUCACCUCGUUGGAAUGGAGCAGGAGCGAGAUGAUUCAUGGUGAUGGCUUACAGGGUCAUAAACACAAGAAGGCAUGUGGGACUGCAACAACUCUCGUCACUAGCAGAAACAGGAAGAACUUUCCUAGGCCCAGUAAAAGCAUCCAAGUUUGUUGUAGAUGAACAGUGUCAUGAAAGUGUGCUAAUCAGCUCAACAGUACGGCUUCUUGAAAGUUUGGAUUUAAGCAGUGCAGUGGGACAACUUCUCAAUGAAGCAGUUCAAGCACAGAAUAGCACAUAUAGAACUGGAACCAGUACUCUUUUGUUUCUUGUUGGUGCAUGGAGUCAUGCUGUUGAAGAAUGUCUCCAUAUAGGUGUCCCCAUUCCCAUAAUAGUGUCAGUGAUGGCAGAAGGUUUGAAUUCUUGCUGUGAAGAGGUAGUUUCCCUUCAAGUACCUGUCCACAAUAUAUUCGACCACAUGGACAACACAAAGACAUUUUCGGGAAUUGAAACAUUUAGUAUUAGUUUGUCACCUUUUCUGCAGGUCCCCGCAGACACUGGUUUGGUACAGGAAAAGCACGACCUCAAAGGUGUUGCCUGUCAAUCCCCAAGCAUUUACAAUCUUUCUGAGGCACCUGUGAAGUCACCUAAAUUCUUCAAGACUCAAGCUAAGGUUGAAGAUGAUGAAGGCAAAUCACAAGCUCUGAAAGACAGGCUGCUCGCACACACCUGCUGUAGAAAGUCAGUAUUAAUCCACAGUAGGCAUUUUAAUAGGACAGAUCAUCAGUGGACUCACAAGCCAGAUGGAUCUGUAGAAGAUGGUGCAUCUACUCCUAAAGCUUACAGAUGUGAAGGUCUGAUAGAGUUGGCAGCGGGCUUGAGUCACGGAGAUCACAGCAGCAUGAAAUUAGUAGAAGCAGCCCUGCGGCUGCAAUUUCAGAAUGCAUGUAUGCAGCGAGACAACCCUACAGUGCCAUUUAUGUUUGACAUUUCAAGAAUCUUCACUUGUUGUCUGCCAGGUUUACCUGAAACUUUUUCAUGUAUUUGUCCAGGAUACAUCACUCUUGUGUCUGUGUCAACUACUACCGUGAUCAAAGCAUUGCAAAAUCAGCCAGUCCGACUAGUUCUCAUUGAGGGUGACCUCACAGAGAAUUAUCGCCAUGUAGGAUUUAAUAAGUCUGCAAAUAUUAAAACAGUCUUAGAUAGCGUGAAGCUUCAAGAAGAUAGCUCAGAAGAACUAUGGAUAAAUCAUGUAUUACAGGUAUUAAUCCAAUUUGAUGUGAACCUCCUCCUGGUCCAAGGAAAGGUGUCUGAACAGUUAAUUGAAAAGUGCAUACACAAUAAGCGGUUGGUAAUUGGGUCAGUGAAUGUCAAGGUGAUGCAGGCUUUCGCAGAGGCUGCAGGAGCAGUACAGGUGGCUUAUCUCACCCAAGUGAAUGAAGACUGUGUGGGCGAGGGGGUCUCUGUGACCUUCUGGAGUAGUCCUGUGGAUAUUGUAGAUGGGAGCAACAGAAUGGCAGUUGUGUUAAAAACAGAAGGAAUUAAUUUGGUCACAGCAGUCCUCACUAGCCCAGUCACUGCACAGAUGCAAGCCAAAGAAGAUAGGUUCUGGACUUGUGCCUAUCGUUUGUAUUAUGCGCUAAAAGAGGAAAAAGUAUUCCUUGGAGGUGGUGCAGUCGAAUUUUUAUGUCUUAGUCAUCUUCAAAUUCUUGCAGAGCAAUCUCUGAAAAAAGGAAACCAUGCCUGGUCAGGUUGCCUUAUUAAUACCUCCUCUUGGUUAGCGUCGUCUCUGCCAAUAUAUAGACCAACUGUGCUUAAAUGCUUGGCAAGUGGAUGGCACAAAUACCUUUCAACUCUUGUAUAUAACUCUGCCAAUUACUCAUCACAAUUAGAAGCCAGCUCAUUCAUUCAGCAUCAUCUACAGAAUGCCAAAGAUUCAGGCUCUCCUUCAUCGUAUGUCCUGAAUGAGUAUAGUAAGUUAAAUAGUGGCAUUUUUAAUUCAGGUGUUUCAAAUAAACUGGAGCAGAUUCCAAGAGUUUAUGACAUCGUUACACCAAAGAUUGAGGCAUGGCGCCGAGCACUGGAUUUAGUACUGUUAGUACUUCAGUCAGACAGUGAAAUUAUUACUGGACUUGGACACACGCAAAUAAAUCCACAGGAAUUAGAGGGCUUUUUAUUUUUGUAGUAUUAAACUAAUAGGAAAUAUAACAUCUUGUGAUUUUUAAUGCUAAUAAUAAAUGUACUUAUUAAUA